GCAGAAUAAAAAGUGAUAACGCAACGCCACUUUUGCGUUUUCUCUUCAGAUCGUUUCCGUGUAAACAUAAUCUCAGAAUUUCGCCUCUCCGUUCUUCGAUGAAGCUGGUAGGAGGAGCUGACUACAGUGGGGAGGAGUGACUGAUGUUCGGGCAAAUCAGCCAGGCGAGGAGAGAGGAGGUGGACCAUAGAGGAGAGGACAAGAGUCAGAGGUCUCUUUUGAAACGAUCUUGUGAUAUUUAAUUAACAUUACUUCUUUGUCUAAGUAAGUUGUUUAAAACAGUGAUAAAAAGAUGGGGAAUCGGGUCGCCCGUGAGGACUUCGAGUGGGUGUAUACGGACCAGCCGCAUGCCGACAGGAGAAAAGAAAUACUGGCCAAAUACCCAGAAAUCAAGUCGUUGAUGGGUCCUGACCCAAGGCUGAAAUGGAUUGUGUGCAUGAUGGUGGCUAUACAGUUUUUAGCUUUCUACUUGAUUAAAGACUUGGACUGGAAAUGGGUUUUGUUUUGGACAUAUGCCUUUGGCAGCUGUAUCAACCACUCAAUGACCCUUGCUAUUCAUGAGAUUUCCCACAACACGGCCUUUGGAAACAACAAGGCCACGUGGAACCGCUACUUUGCCAUGUUUGCCAACCUGCCCAUCGGUCUGCCCUACUCUGCCUCCUUCAAACGCUAUCACCUGGACCAUCACCGCUACCUGGGUGGAGACGGGGUAGAUGUAGACAUCCCUACUGAGUUUGAAGGCUGGUUCUUCUGCACGCGCUUCCGGAAAUUCAUCUGGAUUAUUCUGCAGCCCCUAUUCUAUGCCAUCCGCCCCCUCUGCAUCAACCCCAAACCCAUCACUCAGCUGGAGGUGACCAACCUGGCCGUCCAGCUCACCUUUAACAUUCUGCUCUACUGGCUGUGGGGGGCUAAGCCUGUGGUCUAUAUGCUGGCUGGCUCCUUGCUGGGAAUGGGCUUGCACCCCAUCUCUGGUCACUUCAUAGCUGAGCACUACAUGUUCCUCAAGGGCCAUGAGACCUACUCCUACUAUGGCUCCCUGAACCUGCUCACCUUCAACGUGGGCUACCACAAUGAGCACCAUGACUUCCCUAGCAUCCCAGGACGCAGGCUGCCCAUGGUGAAGAAGAUAGCAGCAGAGUAUUAUGAUGACCUGCCUCAGUAUACAUCGUGGCUGAAGGUCCUGUUCGACUUCAUCAUGGACGAUGCACUGAGCCCGUACUCUCGAGUCAAGAGGAAGCUGACCGGAGAUGUCAAGCAGGAGUAACUCGACUGAAAGCUUCUCUGGAACAAAGCUGCAGUAUCCACCAUAACGGCACCCCCCCGCUCACCAUCCCAUAAACUAAACCGCUUCUGCAUAUUAAUACAAUCAACAUGGGUAAAAAAGGUGGACAUUGUGAGAAAGUGCUUUUCCUCCAAGGAAGAGAACAAAGAUAUUUGUUAUCCUAAAGACAAAAAACUGGAGACGUUAGAUUAAAAAAACUCUGUUUGUUAGUGUGAUUAGGCAGUAGCUAGGGCUGGUUGCACAACGCCUUUGGCUCUGAUCAAACAAAUACUUCAACUUAAGAUGUCUAAUGUUAUACUUUUACUCGUUCGUAAAAUACAUAUAACUGGAUGGUUGAAUUGUUAUGAAAUUUGGUACACAUAUUAUUGUCGCCCUGAGGAUGAAUCAAAAUCACUCUUCAAUUUGUCCAAUACUUUAGUUUAAAACGACCCCCAAAUUCUAGCUGGUGUGCUAAUGUGCACUGCACAACGCCAAACAACGAAAUAUGAACAGACUGCUGGAAGACGUGCAUCUGUUUGCAUUAGUCGGAGCAAAACAAGACCUGUCUACCUUAGGGGUGGGAAUCACCAGAGGCCUCACGAUACGAUAUCAUCGCGAUACGAUAUUACUGCUAUUUUAAACAUAUUGCAAUUUAUUACCUUUUUUCCAACUUUAAAUUUUUCCCAAUU